AUGAGUCCCCCCGGAGAUCCCUCCGCCGCCGUCUCGGGCUCGACUGCAUCCGCGUCUGCGGGCAACUUUGGCGCCCGCUCGACGCCCUCUGAGGAGGCGAGGAAUUAUGUAGGACGCAGCGUCACCGCGUCCCAGCAGGCGACGGCACAGCAGAACUCAACAAAGGGUUCUUCCCCGAGAACAGGCGCAUCCCCAGGACAGAAGCAAUCCUCGACUCUGGCUCCUCCUCAGGCUCCCGCCUCGUCACAACAGUCCCAGUCACAAUCGACAGGUGCUGGCGGAUCUUCCCGUCGCCGCCAGUACCGCCAGGUCGGCGACUGGGUACUGCAGAAGACGCUCGGACAGGGUUCCAUGGGCAAGGUCAAGCUUGGUGUCAACGUGAACACCCACGAGCGAUGCGCUGUGAAGAUCGUGCCUCGCGUGCGGGAAGACCACAAGUCGCAGACGGACUCGUCGGGGAGGAACAAGGAUGAAUCUAAGGAGAUUCGAACCGUCCGCGAGGCCUCCAUCUCGCUGCUCCUGCAUCACCCCUACAUCUGUGGAAUGCGCGACUUCUUAGUGCACCAGAACCACUACUACAUGGUGUUCGAGUACAUUGACGGUGGCCAAAUGCUCGACUACAUCAUUGCGCACGGUCGAUUGAGGGAACGUGCGGCGCGCAAGUUCGCGCGUCAGAUCGGUUCUGCCCUCGACUACUGCCACCACAACAACAUUGUGCACCGUGAUCUGAAGAUUGAGAACAUCCUUAUUUCGAACAAUGGCAACAUCAAGAUUAUCGAUUUCGGUCUGUCCAACCUCUACUCGCCGCACCGGCAUCUCUCGACCUUCUGUGGUUCGCUCUACUUCGCCGCGCCCGAACUGCUCAAUGCCAAGCUCUACACCGGUCCCGAAGUCGACAUCUGGUCGUUUGGUAUUGUUCUCUAUGUGCUGGUCUGCGGCAAGGUGCCCUUCGACGACCAGUCGAUGCCGGCGCUGCACGCGAAGAUUAAGCGGGGUCUUGCCGAGUACCCGGCAUGGCUCAGCAGCGACUGCAAAGCUCUGCUCCAGCGCAUGCUGAACACCAACCCCCAGGAACGCGCGACGCUCGCCGAGGUCCUUUCCCACCCGUGGAUGACUAAGGGUUACGAGGGUCGCCCGGACUCGCACCUGAUCGUCCGCGAACCGCUUCGUGCCGAUGAGGUCGACAUGGAGGUCAUCAAGCGGAUGCAGGGCUUCACCUUUGGCACGCCUGAGGAGAUCUACGACAACCUGCAGCGCAUCCUCAACAGCGAGCAGUACCUCCGCACAGCUGCGGCAUGGGAGGCUACACGUGAGCGCCGCCGCUCGUCGGCCAACGGAACGAUGGGCUCGAUGAACAACGACGGCGAGUCGCCGAAGAAGAAGCGGUUCUCUGGGUUUGAUCUGAAGAAGAAGCUCUUCAAGGAGGAGAAGAAGCCCGAUGAAAUUCAGGCCGCCGUCAAGGAGCCUCUGGACCCCAGCAGCGGCUUUGACCCGCUGAUCUCGAUCUACUUCCUCGCGCGUGAGAAGAAGGAGCGCGAGAAGGUCUACGGCGCGAGCCACUUCGCGUCCUCCAAGGUCAGCCUUGAGGGCCAGACCUCGACGAUGAACUACGAGCAGUCGCUCGCCAGCGUUCCCGAGCCUCCCUCGGCUCACGCCUCGACGUUUGACACCAAGGCCGCCACGAAUGCGACUGUUCGCGAUGCCGGCACCGCCGCUUCAGCCAGGCGACGACCGGACGAGCUGGGCAGCAGCGCCCCACCGGCUACCGCCGUCAUGUCCCAUCCCGCCGCCGACGCCGCGCGCAGCAACAUUGCCGAUGUCCCUAUUGCCCACCGCCGCGGUGCGACCACACCACAGGUCCCCUCCCCCUCUGCUCCCUCCACCCCUGCUGCGCCCCUCUCCGCCCCUAUGGUCGCCACGCCGCCAUCUGCUGCCCUCGCCGAGGACGAGCAUGCCGAGGGCGUUCCCAUUCCUGCUGCCACGGCGACCCCGGCUUCGGGAGCCGGCGCGUCUGCCGGUGCCAUCACCACGGCCAUGGCCGGCACGACAUUGUACGGCCGCGAGACUGGUGUCUCGUCGAACCCCGCCACGGUCGUCCAGGCCACGACGAGCGAGUGGCCUGUGCCGCUCGGCAUCAUCCAGGACAAGAGCGGCGGUAUCCGACCGAUCGGCGCCCCUGAACUGGAUGAGAUCGAACCCGCUGACGUCGCCAACAUCGACGUCAAGAGCGUUUAUCUCAAGGGGCUAUUCUCGGUGUCCACGACGAGUACGAAAUCUGCGCGCACAUUAUUGCGCGACAUUUCGCACGUCCUGGACCGCGUUGGCAUCAAGUACCGCCCAAUCCGCGGCGGUUUCGAGUGCAUCCAUGUGCCGUCGAUCGACCUCGCGAGCGUCGUGCACGGCGACGAGGCGCGAUCACAGCUGCACGUGCCGCAGACGGACAGCGGGCCCCUCGAGAACUCGCCGUCGAAGAACAAGCUCACGUUCAAGCAGAAUGCGGCGAGCAGCUCGAGCACGCAGCAGCGGGGAGACAGCCCGGCGCCGGCCGGUCUCGGCACGAGCAGCGUUGGUGCCGGCAGCGACGGCGUCGCGCCCGGGUCGUCGGGCACCGUCGGCAUGCUGGACAAUGCCUCUGUGCCGUCUCGCAAACUGGACAUCAUCGACGACGACCCGUGGGGCACGAUGCACGGCGCUAACAGCCCACUGUGCGUGCGCUUCGAGGUGUUCGUGGUGAAGGUCCCCUGGCUCCCGUUGCACGGCAUCCAGUUCCGCCGCGUCGGCGGCGACGGCUGGCAGUACCAGCAGCUGGCGAAGACGAUUCUGCGCGAGAUGAGGCUGUAA